AUGAGACGUAUCAACACCGUAGCCGUAAAACGACUCACAACAGAAUACAAAAAAUUGACACAAGACCCACCUACGGGUAUCACAGCAGGUCCUAUAAGCGAAACGGAUUUAUUUGUCUGGGAAGCUGUGAUAAUUGGUCCAGAAGGGACGGAGUACGAAGGUGGCAUUUUGACUGCCAAAUUAGUGUUUCCAGCAGAUUAUCCGAUGAACCCACCAAAAAUGACAUUCACGUGCCCGAUGUGGCAUCCAAACAUUUAUGCAAACGGCGAUGUUUGCAUAUCUAUCCUCCACCCACCCACUGAAGACCCGACUCAUUAUGAACAAAUUUCGGAGCGUUGGAGCCCUGUUCAAAACAUCGAAAAAAUAUUGAUAUCAGUGAUGUCCCUUUUGUCGUGCCCAAAUUGCGAGUCUCCAGCUAAUGUUGAUGCUGCUGUGAUGUACAGAACCAAGCACGAUAUGUAUAUCAAGAGGUGCAAAGAAUGUGUUGAGCAAUCAAAAGCUCGGUACAGGGCCAAACAUUAA